AGAACGUACGGACAAUGGUGGGACAAAGCACCUUCAAGAUUAACAGAUUACAUGCCGCAGAACAACGCGAAUGUCGCAAGUCAGGAUUACAUAGGCACGUAUAACAUUUAAUUUAAGAUUUAAACGUCAGCAUUUAGCUCUUGGCAUUUGAUACUCGUAUCGUAAUAUCUCGAUUACGCUCGGUAAUAUGUUGUUUCUAUUCUUAAAGAUAUUUUUAACCUGUUGGAAUAUCGUACCGAUACCGUUAAUACUCGCGACGUAUGAAAAAUGGAAAUAAAUUAGAAUAUUUUUUAUAUCGUCAAGAUCUAGAAUAUCAUCAAGAGGUAUAUCCAAUCAGAGUAUCGAUAUACGAAACUUACAAUCCCGGGAGUGUAAUCGGAAUUUGGGCACAAAAUUCCGAAGGCAAAUGGCAUCAAUUGUGGAACGGAUUUCCUCAAGUCGUGCCACGCGAACCAAGAAUAUUUUCCCCGCACUUGCGAUCGUGCAAUUUCAAGACAAAAACGAUAAGAUUGGAAUUCAAUCACAGUUCGUUGGAUUAUUACACGGAGUUAGACGCUGUAUUACUCAUCGGUACGUCAGAAUUAAUCGUACCUAACAACCUGCGCCAUCGAAAUCUGAACGACGUUUCCAAAGAAUUGGGCUACUCGAAACAAAGCGACGACGAUAUUUAUAAUUUAACGCCAGAUCACUCGAAAGCAAAUCAGGAUUUAACAGUUCUGAAAAAGACACUUUCCAAACACUGCACGCUUUUUAAAAGGUACGUCGAUAUAUGUUUUAUCGUUCUUAUCAGCGAUCAACGCUCGUCAUUCACGCAAGUAAAAUAUCACAGCAGGAUAAUCGAUGAUACACGCAAGGGCAAAUUAGCGUCUAAAUUGGGACAACACUGUCGGUCUGUACCUCCCAUAGAAGAAGCAUUCAAAAGUUUGCAACAAUUUUUACAGGAAGAUUUUCCAAGACUGAUCGGAGACAUUCAUCGUUCGAUACCAAGCACCGCAAACGAACGGAACGACUCGUUUCAAGAAAAUUUGUCGGCGCGUUCGACCGAUUUCGAAAAUCAACCACGCCGCGGUAGUUUCUCAACGCUUCCGGACGAAACAGCGUUAAAAAUUUUGAAGAAUUUAGACUUGAGAUCGCUGUGUCGUUUACGCAGAGUAAAUAAACAUUUCAACAACAUCGCGAGGGACGCUUUGUUGUACACGAGUCUCAACUUGAAACCUUACUGGCAUUGCUUAGAUACAUCCGCGUUGAACAGCUUAGCACCCAGAUGUCAUUACUUACAACAACUGGAUCUUUCGUGGUGUGGAAAUUACAACAUGAUCAAACAUCAAGAUUUUAUACAUUUUCUUCGUACAUCUGGGACUGUUUUGACUCAUUUGAGACUCAAUUGCUGUCAAUUCGUAAACGACGCCGUUAUCCUCGAAGUUUCAAAGAUAUGCAAGAAUUUAAAAGAACUGUGUUUGCGCAAUUGCACGAGUAUAACAAACGAGGGAUUUUCGAAGCUUGAAAAUUUAAGGUUUCUCGAGCGUUUGGAACUUUACAGAACAACCAUCGAGACUCCAACGUUACGCUCCAUUUUAAGAAAGAACGCCCAAAUGCGACAUUUAAAUUUGGCAGGAAUGCACGACCGUUUGAAUACGGACGAAAUUGCCGUCGAACUAGGAAACUCUUGCCCGUAUUUGGAAAGCGUGGACUUUUGGAAAGCGCAGACGUUAACUCCGCACGGAGUCAGAGCUUUGUCUCGCUGUACCAAACUUCGAGAGGUAGAUUUUGGAUGGUGCAGUGGAAUGGGCGCUCCGGGUGAUUCCCUACGAGCAUUGUUGUUCUCUUGUCGUUGCCUGGAAAAAGUAUUUCUGGCAGCGCUCAGAGGAUUGACAGAUCGAGACUUGGAGCCACUUUUACUGUGUCAACGGCUGCGACAAUUGGAUUUAUUAGGAGCACGUUCUCUCACUCCCGACACGUGUUACGGAAUUUUAUUGUUUUGUCCGAAAUUAGAGAUGAUCGAUCUUAGUUUUUGCGAAGGUAUCGAUGAUUUCACAGUGCAAGAAUGGCGUCAGCAAUAUCCUCGCGUUUCCAUCAAAAGAAGCUUUCAAGCAACCAAUUCCGACACGGCGUGA